AUGGAGCUUCCGAAACUUCGACAAGAAAUUGAUAACAUAGACACAAAACUCGUAAAUUUGCUUAAUGAACGUGCUCGAGUUUCUUUGAAUAUCGGCAAGGCCAAAAAAGAGGCUAACAAUGUUUCGGAAGACGAGGAAAAGGAAACUCACGUAUAUAUCCCAGGACGCGAGAAGCAAGUUUUUGAAAAGCUUCAGCGAUUGAAUUACGGUCCUCUCACAUCUGAUUCCUUAUGUGCAAUCUAUCGAGAAAUUAUGUCCGCGUCAAUUUCCUUACAAAAAGAAGUAUCGAUAAGUUAUUACGGACCUGAGGGAACCAAUACCCAUCAGGCAGCACGCGAAAAGUUUGGCGAGAGUGUCCAUUAUGUGCCUCAAUUAAACAUAUCUGAUGUGUUCGAUGCGGUUGAACACGGUCGUUCCACGUAUGGCAUAGUACCUUUCGAGAACUCUACAUUCGGAUCUGUAGUAGAAACCUUAGAUUGCUUUAUUUCCUCUAAAGUUCAAAUUAGAGCAGAGACUUAUUUGCAGAUUUCGACUUUAAAACGUGUCUACAGUCAUCCACAGGCAUUUGGACAAUGCCAAAAAUGGCUUGACGUCAAUCUAAAAACUGUUGAACGUGUGGAAGCUGGAUCUACUAGUCAAGCAGCACGAUGUGCGGCAACAGAGCCAAAUGCAGCAGCAAUUGCCAAUAUAAGUUGUGCUCAACUCUACGAAUUGGAUAUCUUGGAACGCAACAUUGAAGACAGUCAAUAUAACGUAACCCGUUUCUUUGUAAUUGGCACAUCUUCAGAUGCGCCAACUCACGAUGACAAGACUUUUAUUCAAUUCACAUUGGAUCAUAGACAGCCUGGAGCGCUCUGUGAUGCUCUUAAAGUUUUCAAAGAUUAUCACAUCAAUCUUACAAAAAUUGAUUCUCGUCCUUCCUUGGUACGUCCUUGGCACUAUGUUUUUUUCAUUGAAUUCAACGGUCAUAAAGAUCAAGAGGACGUCAAGAAAGCUUUGAACGAAUUAGAUCAGUAUUGUCUUAAUGUGGUGGUUUUGGGAAGUUAUCCAAACCAAAAACCGGAAAAUUUAAAUUAA